AUAUGUUAGCGAGGCUCACGCUAACACAGUCAGCCACACAGGAUCUACGUAUGACCAAUUCCAAGUUCGGAUCUUUCAUUGGUUGUAUUUCGCUCUUCCCUUCUGUGAACACACAGAACGGAACUGACCAGUUGGAAAAAUGUACUUCAACUGUGUACACCAGCAGAUAAUAACAUGCGUGGAAAAGUGUGUGAUUUCAAGAAAAGGUCGUCAUUGAAGCGUGUUCACUUAAAUCGACAGAUGCAGAAACAAAAGUGAAGUAAAAAACUCGUGAAUUAUAUUCUGUGUAACGCUUUCUGUUGUAUACUCGAACGUUUCUGCUGAGAGCAAUUUACUACGUCAAAUGUGUUGUCGAUUUUUUGUGACGUAAUUGUGGUCGUGAUUUUAAUUCUUAUUUGCAUUGUUCUAUUCCUAACCGUGUGGCAGUUAUACAUCUGUGAUUACGGGAAAGUCUGGUGGCGAGUGUAGUUUAUAAUAUUUGAUGAAAUACUUAACAAUUGUAUGGAAAUUUAGGCGUGCACGAAUCUCACAAGAAUGAAACGUGAAGAGACUUGUGGCACAAAGCUGAGUCCUAAGGUCAUACAUGAAGUGAAAUAGAUUGUAUAUCAUAAAUUAAAUUGACUAUUGUCGUUGAACGAAGAGAUUUACAAACUACCAAAUGAGAUCAGUUGCCUGAUAUUACCCUUUGUGGUGCUCGAGUGUUGCUUUCUUCAGUGUGAGAUGUGAGAUGUGGGACUACUUAUGUACUGUACUGUACAUGGAGAAGCAGACUACGAUGGGCAUUCUGAUUGUAUCUCUGGUUAUUCUCCUCGGCAGCGUCAUGAGAGCUGUACCAGUUUCAUCUGAGAAUGCUGAUCGGGCCAGGAAUGUAUCAGAACGAUUCUCAACAACUACCACACUAACAGUGAAUGUCCGUGAUGAUGACGAUCAGAACCCAUCCUUCAUUUACCAAGGCUGCAUGCUACAUGAAGGCUCUUGCAUCAACCCAGAAUAUUCAACAUCAGUAUCAAGUGGAAAACUGGCUGGAAUUCUCAACAUUUAUCCAGAGAAGAUUCAAGCAGUUGACAUGGACUCCAUCAAUGCACCAAUUAAGUACAGCUUUCUAAGCGGCACACCAUCUUCCUAUAAAGAUUAUUUUGAGAUUGAUGAACAGACAGGAGCUGUGAGGCAGAAAAGAGCAGUUGAUACAAGUAUCACAAAGAAGUUUGAAAUCAUUGUGAAGGCUGAAGAAGUGAGCGAGCAGAAAAGGUCUGCAACUGCCAAAUUGUUCAUCACUGUAAAACCUGUAGAUAGCAACCCUCCUGUGAUUAAUGCAUCAGCCACUGAAGGUUUUGCUGAUGAGAAUGCUCCAGUUGGAACAAAAGUGGUUGAUAAAAAUGGAAAUCCAAUCAGGUUGGCAGUAACUGAUGAGGACCUGGGGCCAGAAGAUCCAAAGCCAUCCUAUUCAUUUGAAAUGACAACUUCUUUCUUCACAAUUGAUAACAAUGGUUAUCUCACAGUUAAUGUAGAAAAUCUUGACAGAGAUCCACCUAGUCCAGGGACAUUCAGAUUCCAGAUUGUUGCCAGAGAGAAGACGGGAAGUGCUGCCAGUGCUCCUCUCUCUAUGUCAGUCUCCCUCAACGAUGUAAAUGACAAUGCACCAAAAUUACCCAUGAUACCACCCUUAACAAUACAAGCAGGAGAGAAUAAGCAGUCUGUGACCAAGGUUGAGGCUACUGAUGCUGAUUUAGGUGCCAAUGCAGAGAUAACUUACAGUAUUUACCAUGUUUCAAACAAUGGUAGACAGAAAUUUAAAAUAGAUCGCAAAACUGGUCUCAUUGAAACAACUGGAAAAUUAAAUGCUGGAGAACAAUACAGCAUAACAGUUCAGGCUACUGACACAGGAGGAAAAUAUUCUCAGACAAUCGUGGAAGUGACAGUAGUACCUGGUCCUAAUACUAGAGGUCCCAUAUUUGAGAAUCCAGUGUAUGAAGUACAAGUUAGUGAAGGAGCAUCCAUCAAUUCAACAGUAACAACUGUCAAUGCUGUAGAUCCAGAAAAUGACCCUGUUACAUAUUCAAUUCUCUCUGGAAAUGAUCUCAGGCAAUUUGCAAUUGGUGAUAAAUCAGGUAUUAUUACCAUCAUCAGGAAAUUGGACCGAGAAGAUCUGACAAGAUACCAGUUGGUAAUAAAAGCAGAAGAUACUGGUGGUUUGUCCAGUACUGCAACAGUUAAUGUCAAAGUAACAGAUAUUAACGACAAGAAUCCAGAAUUCACAGAUCUUCCAUAUGUGUUUCGAGUCUAUGAAGGUGAAGCUAACAAGAAGGUUGGCAGUGUGCAUGCUGUAGAUGCUGAUGAAGGACAGAAUGCAGUCAUAUAUUACUCAGUUCCUGCUGACAUUCCAUUUAGCAUUGAUGCCAUGACUGGUGAAAUACGGACUAAAAUGGCUCUUGACUAUGAAAAACAGAGGGAAUACAGGUUUGUGGUAACAGCUAAAGAUGGAGCUUCUGAUCCCCGUAUUGCAACUGCCACUGUAACUGUUGAAGUUGUUGAUGUGGAUGAUGAGUUGCCAAUUUUUCACCUGACAAGUUAUGAAGCCCAAGUUCCUGAGAAUAUGCCAGAUUACAUGGUGACACAAGUUAAGGCUGAUGAUCCAGAUACAAAUCAAAAGAUAACAUAUAUCAUCAAACAGGGAUCUACAGAGUUAUUUUCUAUUGAUCCCAAAACUGGUAUCAUAAUUACUACUAGGGGCCUAGAUUAUGAGAAAGAGAGUCAAUAUAUUUUGGUGGUGGGGACCUUGGAGAAUCCAGGGACAGGGCCUGGAGCAACAACAAGGGUCAUCGUUAAUGUCUUGGAUCGUAAUGACAUUCCUCCUGUGUUUACCGCUGUGCCUCGUCCAGUAACACUGAAUGAUGAUGUGCCUAUUGGAACAACUGUUACUACAUUGAUAGCAACUGAUUCUGAUGGUACAUCUCCUGGGAAUAAGGUACGUUAUGAACUUGUUGGUCGAGGAAAGGCCCAGAAGUAUUUUCAAAUUGAUUCUGACACCGGUGUUAUUCAAGUAAGAGACGAUCUUCGGAAAGAAACAAGCACAGAAUAUGAGAUUGCUGUUAAGGCUUAUGACCUGGGAGAACCGCAACUAUCAUCUGUCACUUCAGUUCAUGUAUAUGUGCGACAUGUAGCUACAGUUCCACCAGAUCAAGGAAUUGGUUUUGCAGAUAAUUUUUAUACUGUAGAAGUGCCAGAAAACGCAACCACUGACACACUCAUCAAAACGCUGACCAUUAUAAACAACAGAGCUCAUCAAGAUAUCAUUCCAUUGAAAUGUGACAUCAUUCAGGGAAAUGAAGAAGGCUUAUUUUAUACUAGUAUCACAGAAGAUCGUAACUGUGACCUAAGAUUGAAAGUGGCAAACCUUGAUCAUGAGAAGAAGAGUGAAUAUCAGCUUCAGAUGAAACUGGAUACAUUAUCAGGCCUUGUCAAUCCAUCAAGGAGCAUUGCAACAGUUAAAGUCAAUGUUGUGGAUGUGAAUGACAACAGACCACAUUUCAUCUUCCCCAAUGCAAAAUUUAAUGGAAAAUAUUUUGGUGCAUUACCAGUGGAUUCACAGAUUGGAACUAUUGUGCUUCAAGUGAAGGCUGAAGAUGCUGACAGUGGUAAAUAUAGCCAGUUAUCAUACCAUAUUGUGCCAAACAGCAGUUACUUUAAAAUCGAUGAAACCUCAGGCAUUAUCACAACAACAAAUACUUUCAGCAAUGUGGAUCUUAACCAGCUUCCUUUCAAAUUUAACGUUGCAGUCAGGGAUAAUCCAGAUUCUUCUUAUGACUCAUUCACUGUAGAGGCACCAGUUGUGAUCAACUUGAUAUCUGAUCAAAAUCGUUUGAUACUAGUCAUAGAUGAUGCCAAGCCAAAAACCAUUCAGCAUGAGACAAAUGGAUUAGUUGACAUCAUGGAGGAUAAUACAAAUUUAGUUAUUGGUAUUGAGAAAGUUGCAGUUAAGCAAUAUCUUGGAGACAAUGGUACUAUUGAACAGGAUAAUUCUGGAACAGAUGUUUGGUUCUAUGCGAUUGAUCCAGAUACAGACAAAAUCCUUGACAGGAACUCAACAAGGAUCCAGAGGUCUAUUCUAAGUAAGGAAGCUGUCUCCAGAAUCACAGUUGAUGUGACAGGGAAUCUCCACGCUACUGCCUCAAGCAUUCACCCACCUUUAACAGUGCCAAAAAUAAUUACAGCUAUUGCUGUUUCAUGGGAGGUUUUCCCAUAUGCACUCAUAGUCAUUGCUUGUAUCAUUCUUGUGCUAGGCAUAGUGGGUAUUAUCUACAUCUGCAUAUCAUGGUCAAGAUACAAGGCCUACAAAGAAAGAAUGCAACGGAUGUAUGUCGUUCCUCGUUAUGAUCCUGUCUUUGUUGAGCCUAAUCUCAAAGAAUAUGAAACACAAGUUCUUCAAAUGAGUGUACCACUUGAUGACAGUGACAGCUACAAUGACUUGCAGCUGGAUUUUAGUGGUAAAAACCAUGCUUUUAGCUUAGAUAAUGUCAGCUACAUUACUAAGGAGAAUGGUGACAGUAUAGGACAGCAGAGCCCAGUAAGUUCUGAUGCAGCAACAACUGCUCGAGCUUCCAGCAUUGUGGGUGGAGUUGACAUGGGUCGUGGUCACUCAAGAGGUGAAAGUGACCAUAAUAAUCUUAUGGGACAUGAUCCACCACUCAUGCCUGUCACAAAUCCUAUGUAUCAAAGGUCUUCAGAAGAAGAUAUUGGUCAUAUGAAUGCAAGUGCCACCAAUGAAAAUGUAACAUUCAGAGAGAAGAGGGACUACUCUCACCUUGGAUUCACUUACUUGGGUGACAGGUCUCCUGUGGAAACAACCACUGAACUCUAAUAUUCAAGCUAUAUCUUUACUGUUGAAUGUGGACUACAAAAUACAACAGUGGUGUAUGUGGCAUUAUGACUGUAAUUGGUUAAUUAUACAAAAUGAAACCUCAGGCUUCUAAUUGUACAGCAGUGUUUCAGGUACAAGGCGUUUCAGAGAUAGUAGCAGGAAAUUUUAGACGUAGGUUUCCCAACACAUACAUUUAAAAAAUUAAACUUCAGUGAACAAAUAAACUAUUAAUGAUGCAGAGUUUUGGUUAUCACAAGAAUGUAGCAAAAUAGGUUUACAGUCUGUCUGAACUUAUCAGAAAUAGAUGUCUCAUUUGCCUUCCCAGAAAUCUGAAGCUCUCAUAAAUUGUUUUUAAAAUUUGUAUAACUCUGAACGUCUACCAUUUACACAUAGUCACAUUCGAAGAUUGAAAUAAAGAGUUAUAAUCUUAAUUUACAAUCAAUCAAAUAUUUUUUCUAUGAAAAACUAUAUGUGCAAUUGUGAUACUGCUGUCUCUUGGCAGUAAGCUCAAAUACUCAAUGAAACAAUGUACUUAUUAACUAUGGUUAAAUAAGUUGUUGUUCUUUACUGUGGUGUGUCUACUUUUUUGAUAUUCACAAAGAACUUUUGCCUUUUCUGUGGAUUUUAUGAGACGUGAACAAUGUAACACAAUCAGUGAUGAUAUUGUUAGUUGUACAUGUUCUUGUGAUUUCAGUAUGUUGCAGAUAUACUGAAAUGAUUACAAUGAAUGUUGGUAGCCAGAUCACCAUAGAAAUAUUAAUAUUGUAUGACAACUGAUUCUUAUUGCUAAAGCAGAAGUGUUAUGCGUAGGUACAUAUUUUCUGUGAAGUUCAGUAACUAUCACAUAAUCUGAAUUGUUGAAGAAUAAUGUGAAUUUUCUAAGUAUUUAAUAUGUUAACAAAUUUAUAAUAUUAAAAUAGUAAAUCUCCUUUUUUAAAUUAGACAAUAUAUUAUUUUAUUACAUAUGAAAUAAAUUCUAUCAUUACUGUCAGUAGCUAAGUAAAAUUAUAAUAGUGACAGAAGUGACAGAAGAGUGAAUCAUUAAGUUUUUGGUCAAUUCUAGGCACUUUUGUGAAAUAACUAAAUUUUAUCGGUCAUGCACUAUAUAUGAUACAUGAACUGGCUAUGUGUGUUCUGGGACGUAUUUCUAACAGGCUUUACUCAUGUACUAAAUAACGUCCAGUAUUUACAUGAUGAGAAAUGCAAAGAAGAGUAUGAAGUUUGGCUAUAAAUUUGCACCAUCGUAGAAAUGUCCCAUUUUGAACCGUUUUUUUCUAAGUCUUCCCACUAUAUGCAAAGAAAAUAAAAACUAAAUGCAUUGCAGUCAGUGAGGUGAGAAGCAGUGCUAGAAAUAUUGUGAUUAAGGCAAGAUUUCACUGAAGUCUAGUAGCUAACUUCUGGCUAAGUGCUAAAAUCCAUGAAUAGCUUGUAGUCGUGAGUGGUGUUUUGAUUUUGUAUGCAUGCUGUCACAAACUGGAAUGAUUUAAAUGUGUCUGGCAUGCCUGUAAGGAGCAAGAAAUUUAUAAAGUAUUCAGCAUCAUGCUUGUAGAUCUUUUUAUGCAGGUGCUGGUUGUGCCAACAAAUCUACAUAUUUAAAUCUAAGAAUAGAGAAAUUGCAUAACCAUAGCAUAUGUAUGUUUCAGGGCUUGAUUUUUUUAAAGGAAUGAAAAAUAUGGACUUCAAUCCCAUUUCCCAAAAAAUAUAAUAGUAUAUCAAAUAGAAAAGUUUUUUUUUGGCUUAACAUUCGUUUUAAGAUUGUGUUGAUUUUAAAGGAAGUGCAAGUGCCACACCAUUCCUUUUGAUAUUAAGCCCUUUGUUAGAUUUAAGUAUAAGAAUAUGCACUGAGCACAGUGAGAAUAAAUCAAGGACAAAAAGACAACACAACGAAGCUUAAUACCAGUAGAUCACAAAUUUUAAGUUUUAUUACAAUGAAAAUAUACACAUAAUAUAUAGAAAAAUGUGAUUACUUUCAGUGGAGUCUUCUUCUUCAAUAUUCAGGUGAAAAGUACACUUUGAUUUGUUUUAUUUUAUGAAGAGAAGGAUUUAUUUAAUAUUGGAAACCAUAUGACUGAAGUAAAUUCUGUAUCUACUCUUAAACUAAACUUUUAUGUGUUUUUCCAUAUUUUUCUUUACACUUCGUGGUUGGAGCGAAUUUACAACUAAUCCAUUGAGCGAGCCCUAGCUUUAGAAAUUAAAUUCUAAAUACAGGUAGGUAUCAAAAAACAUUAAUUUACAUAAUUUUCAAAUGCCCCUAUUAAAGUUAUUUUAAUUGGGAACGUUUGAGCUACUUGUGAGACACAUAUAAAGGGUAAAAUUUAAGCAUAUAGUAAAUACAGUUAGUGCCUUACAUGUUAUUGUCAGGUCUCCCUUUCAUAUGUAACUGGUAUAAUCCAGUAGUUGAAAAAAAAUCUGUCUUGCUGUUCUCUUUGUAAUUUUGUUUUAUUUUUAAAUUAAGGUUUUUAUAGUUCAUUUAAUAUUCUGAAUUUAGUGGAGUAGUUACAGAUUUGUGUAUAUAUGUUAAUACUGAGUAAAUAGUAAAGAAACGCAGUCAUAUAAAACAGUUCAGGUAUAGGUCAUUCAUUCAUGUUUUAAGGAAGAUGUGUUUCAAGUUAAAUUAUGCAGUUUUUAAUUCCAUGAUCAAACUCAUCUUUUAUCAUGACAUAUAUCUGUCACCAUCUGCAUUAAGAUAAUUAUACCUAUACACUGAAAUUCUUUUCAGGCAAAAAUUCAGUACUUUAUUUUUCAAGAUUUUAAUUUUGAUUACUCUUGAUAAAAGAGAAAAACAGUGGUAUUUUCUUGGUUAUCUGUAUAUAUUUGUCAUAUAAGAAUGCCAAACAAAUUUUUAAAAAGUCAAUUAUGUGACGUUAUGUUGAAGAUUUUAGAGUGUACAAAUCAUUAUUUGUAAUGUAGUGUACAUAUAAGGAUGAACACUCAUAAAUUUUGUGUUUCAUAUAUCUCAAAGCAGAAUCAAUCUUCAUGCAUAAUUAUGUUAUUGUAUGUGAAAAGAGUGUAGUGAAUUGUUUAUUUUGUAUGCUGAAAAUACUGUGUAAUUAAUGUCAUUGUUACUAUUAGAGGACUCUGAAAUGAAUAAAUGUGAUUCUUAUUUCAUUAGGCAUCAGUGAUCUGUGUACUAAUGUAUAACAUCGUUUUAUUAAAAUUAAAUUAUUGACUGCUA